CACAGACGGCCAUUCACAACAUUGACGCCGUGAAAGGAAGGCUCGUGCUAGAAUUUUCCUCUCACACGAUUUCUCUUUAUAGUUACCUGGCCCUUUGUACCAACUUUCAGUGCAACACAGAACACUGUUCAGCACAGACAGAAAGUAUCUUCGUAUUCUGACAUUGUUGUUCAUUCAAGCCCAGUCCAGAUUCAAGAAUUUCUAAUUCUAUCCGACAGCUGAGGUAGCCGUAUUUUCAGCGCCAGCGGUGAUAUAAUUGAGACAAUAAUAGUUGUUAUAGCGACUCCCUUUCUUCAGUCAACCGUUCCUUCAGUAGUCUUCUCUUGGACAUUUCGUCGUCUCUACCUUCGCUGAAAACUGAAAGAGAGAAAAGGUAUUUUCUUCCGGGCAACAAGCGAAAAGACAUUUUAUUUCGAGAAGACACUUCAAGAAGAAGAUGGCAGAAUACAACCAUUAUCAUCCCAUGUACGCUGCAGACAUUCGGUCUCUGUUGUCAGGCGGUAGCGACGACCAGCUCCCCUUGGAUGAAGAGAUGACGAGCUGGCCUGAAUGGAGAGCCUACCGUGCCCACCCAGCCCGCAUCAGGAAGCCGGUAGACCCGACCUCCAUCCGCCGGGUGGAGAACGCCAUCUUCCGCAAGUGGUGGCAGGAUCAGCCCGAUCUCGUCCCGAAGGACAGCCGUGGCGAGUCGCCCGAGUCUUUCUCCUCGGGGGGAAGCGAGUGUGACGCCGAGGAUGAAGUGGAGUGUACCGUCAGCGGGUCGGACAUGGGGGACGUCCCUACCGAAUACAGCGUCUCUGGGAUCAGGCGGCACGAAAUGCCGGUUAAAGGAACCUACGUCCACAAGACGAUCCUACCUGGCUUCCACUACAAGGUUCGCGUCCUGAACACCAAGCGCUUCUUGUUCGGCGGCCGCACUCUAAGACUUCAAGAGGUAGGGCGAGGCUACGGCAAACGCAUCACCUUCCAAGGCGAAAAGCUGAACAAGAACAGCAACUACUUCUGGUCCGACUCGCACCCCAACGGUUUUGGCUUCAGCAUCGUAGCCGUCAAUACCAACGACGAGUACACUCUAUGCAGUAUGGACGGUAGGCCAAUCGGGAAAGUACACGUAGGAAGCGUGCCUCUACCACAACGAGAGAUCACCUCCGAAGUAGUGGACGGAAAGGUCGUCAAGAGAAUCCUCGUCACAAUGACCUGCACAGUACAGUACGAAGAAGAACGGCACGGUUUCCGCUCUGUUCUUCAAGAUGAAGACUUUGUCGUGACGGGGAUAGCCUUAGUGGAGAAGGAAAAGGGCUCCCGUCAAGCAAAUCUUAAGACAAUCGAAGAUAUAACACUGCCAAUUAUCGGUAGAUGCUUCUUCUCUAACUGAGACCAAGUAGCAUAUUGUAUCAUGUUGUGCUGCUGUUUCUAUGCAGAAUAUUGUAACUGUACAAACAAAUUGAAAUAUUAAAUAUAUAUGUGUACUUGUAAGAUAUCACGAACUUAAAGAAUGUUGCAGAGUUAAAUGGAAGUUGGUGGUGAAUCAGAAGGUUGGGAAGUGGGGAAAAUCCCCCAAAGAGAAAGAAGACGACCACGGCACGUUCAACGCAAACAAGUAUAGUUACACCAUUGAAGAAGCUCUAUUGAAUGAAGCGAAUGCCUUUAAACUUGCGGUUACACUACUUCUACAUAACACGAUCACCACAAAUGUACAUACCUAUGGUGAAACUACCCGCCAACAUGUACAUAAAACUGUAUCUAAAUAAUAUGGUUUGAAGUAUGUAAAUUUGUUCUUGAGUGCCAACAUCCAGUACUUUGCUUUGAGCUUACGUUCUUUAUUUUCACUGGAUUGAGACAAAAGCAGCGUAGAGGUAGAGUGGAUUCGAUACGGUAGUCUUAUGUUUGUUAAUUUAUUUCUUAGAUUGGGAGCAAAUGCCCAAGUCAGACCAAAGAUGACCAAACAGAGCUCUGAAAAUAUUUAAAUGGACAUGCUAUAAGUUAAGUUUCAUAUUUAUAUGAUUUUGUACGUUGGAUAUUUUGUUACCUUCAAGGUUGAAUGAAAAUAAAGUUUACGACUGCAGAAUAAU